AUGGAGCCGACAGCUAAAGGACGGACUGAAAAAAGUUUCAGCUACAUUGUCAGAGCCCCCAGCAGCGAUGGGUUUGAUAUAAUGAACGUCGAUGUGAAGAUCGACACGUCCUGGAUCUUCCAGGAUGUAGAGGAGACUGAUGAGGAGCCGGGAUGUCUUCCAGAAGAAGCAGCCAGAAGCCCAGACAUGAACACGGGAACACUCAGGAAGCAACUGGAAUCCUCAGAACAGAAGCUGUUGGCAGCUGUGGACAAGUACGUGAUGUCAGAGUCUGGGCUGAGGAGCAGAAUUCAGGAGCUGGAGCUGUCGGAGAGGAAACUCCUCCAGAAGGUGGACCAGCUGAGCACCCUCGUGUUCCAGGAGAGAAGUGCCUCUCUCCGGGCCCAGGAGCAGCUGGAGGCACUGCAGGGGGAGCUCGCCAGCCAGGUUCAGGAGAAGGAGCGCGCGGCCCGGCGGCAGCGGUGGCGGCUGCGGCGGCUGCGGGAGCGGCUGCGGCGCAAGGACGAGGCGCUGGGGCUGCAGGCGGCGGCCCUGGAGCGCGGCCGGCGGCUCCAGCGGCGCCAGCUGCGACUGGUGCGCGAGCAGGAGCGCAUCCUGCGGGCGCAGGUGCAGCGGCUGGAGCUGGACGUGCGGCGCCUCUGCCACGCCGCGGGCCUCCUGCUGGCCGAGCUGGACGCCCCGAACCCGGGUGGCCCCCGACCCCCGGGCCCGGCCAGUCCCCGGGGCGCUCCCGAGGAGGCCGCGGAGCCGCGCGCGCUGCAGGCCAGGGCCGAGCGCGGCGAGCGCGAGCGGGACCAGGCGGCGCGCCGGCUGCGGGAGCAGCGCGCCACCGAGCGGCUGCUCCGCGGGCAGCUGGAGGAGCUGCGCUGCUGCAUCUAUGGGCUGAAGCUGUCGGAGAUCGGCCUGCAGGGCCAGGUGGAGGAGCUCGCCCAGCAAAACAGGUGCCUGCGAGAGGAGCUGGGAGCCCAGGCCCCCCGAGAGAGAGCGCUCAGCACGGCCCCUGCUGGCCACGGUAGCCUGGACGCCCUGGGCUGUGUUCAGGAUGAACUGCUGCCCUUGCUCUGGGAGGAGGCUCCGGAUGCCUGGGGAAACCGAGGCCCCGACGGGGCCCCUGGACCCAGGGGCUCGGCAGGCCAGCCCUCCGAGGGGCCCUGUGCCUGGGACUGCAUCGGGGCUGGACAAGGCACUGCUGUCUUGAUCCCAGGCCUGGAGACCACAGACAAGCUCCCAGGAGGCCUCACAGGAUCUGACUGUGGACAGUUUACUCUGGCUGAGCCCAGCUUGGGUGAACAGACUCUCCUUCUCAUCUGUGGCUUUCCCUCGGGGCAGGACGUGGACGGCUCACUCCUCCCGGUGGAGCUGGCCUGGAUUUCAGAGCAGAAGCUAGCAGCCACCCUGGCCCAAGUGUCCUUCCUCCCAGUGCAGACAUCCACGCGCCCUCCCUGGGGGCAGGCCGGGGGCUCAGCUGUCCUGCCACUGCCCCGGCUGCUCCUGGAAGAUUCCCCAGAAGAACUGCAAGCCCAGCAGGUGCUGGAGACCAGGCCCCCGCCUGCUCCGUUGGCUGCAGGACAGCCCAGCCGGGAUCAUCACCAGGCAAGGAGCCACAAUGCCUCCCUGUGCUGGCAGUCCGCGUGCAUUUCAAAUCACCCAUCUCCCAGGAGAGGGCCCAAGGAUCUAAAAGGCUCUCGCGAGGAGCGGGGAGGAGCCCCAGGGUGGAGACCGGAGAUGCGGGAGGUGAGGAGGGCUGGGCGCAGGAAGGAGGAUGACCUCGGUGACAGGACUCAGUCAAGUCAGGAAAGCCGUGAGAACCUGAGCCUGGAGGCCGGUGUCAGCGCCCCAGAGGGUGUACGGAACGAGAACGGGGCUUCUGAACCCCCGGCUGCAGCCUGCUGCCCUGGGCCCAGGCGGGAGCUUCUACUGCCCCUUCUUCAGGGGGAGGCCUCAGUGCCAACGGAGGGUCCUGAAUCCCUGAGCAGGAGGGGACGGGGGGAAGGGCACGUCUGGAGCCUCCAAGAAGGAGGAGAAGGGGGAGGAGGGCUUUCAUCAUCAGAGGAGGAAGAGGCCGCCACAGCCACCUUCUCCAGGGCCCGUGGCACCAAUGGGCCGCCUCUGGCAGGUGCUCAGGCCCUUGCAGAGCAGGCCAGAGCCAUCAGGAGAGUUCCGGGCAAGGAGGAAGACUACGUGUGGUCUGGAAAUGCUCUGCUUCUCCCCGAGGAAAGCCCUGAGGACAAAGGACAGGAAGAGGAGGAGGAGGAGGAACUGUCGCAUCUCCAAGGGGCCAGCCCGGGCCACAGGGAUGUCCGGGAGGAGCCUGGCUCUGAUCACUGUGAGGCCAAGGAAAUGCUUUUCCUACUGCAAGAGGGAGGUUUGCCACCAUCUCCUGGAUUGGCUUUAUGGCCCGAGGGGGCCCGACCUACCAGUCACCCCCGGGCUCCAAGCAAAGGCCAUGAGGGAUCUGCAUUAAAAAUAGAGGAAUUUGAAAAGGAGAUGGAGGCUUGUUUCCAGCAACUCUCCAUCCUGAAGCCUGGGAGUGGGGGGCAUGGCCGGAAAGCUUCCUCGUUGGCAGGACAGAACUGGAGCUUUGCUCGGAGAUGGCACAGCUGCCAGGAGGACGCGUAUCCUCAGCAGGCUUUGGCAAACCAGGAUUUGGAUAUUUGUUAUGCCAAGGAAGCAAACGCCAAGGAGCCUGUUGAAGACGUUAAGCCGGGAGAGACUGAGGCCCUAGGAACUGGCGAAGUUCUUCCAGGGCCGGUGCUGGAUUUGGUCAACCUGGACCCGGGCCCUCCAGAGGGGCCCUCUGAGUGGGGUCAGAACCAGCUCUCUCAGCAGCCGAGAGCCCUCGAGAGAGCGAGGACGAGGUUUCGUCAGCUCAUUUCUGGAUUGAAGAAGGAGAGAAGAAAAGUUUUACGCGACAACGCCAAGCUUCAGGGAGAUCAGGAGCGAUGCCACAGAAAACUGCGUGUCCUGGAAAAAGAGAGGGAGAGAAAUGUGAAAAAAAUAUCCGCGCUCAAACAGGAUAACAGCGUGCUGUUAGGAGACAUCUCUCACGUAAAGAGAGAGCUGGACCAGUAUGUGCAGGUCAUUUCUGACCUUGAAGACUGUAACAGGAAAAGUUACUGCAAAAUUUCUGAGCUCGAAGAGGAAAACGAGAGAUUGAAAGGGCACCUUGGGCAACUCCGGAAAGCCAUGUCUGCAAGCAUCCGAAAAUCCAAAGGCGUGAUGGAGUGCAUCACCCUGGAAAACUGGGAGCUCAGUACACUGAUUUCAGAGCUUGGGGUCAGUUAUAAAGAGCUGAUAAAGGAUAUAGUGCUGGGAAUAGAAGACAUGAUCCAGGCCUUCAGGGGGGAGAACAAACACCUUCUACAAAGGAUCCGAGUCCUGGAGGGGGAGGUCGUGUCGGGGAGCAGCACAGAUGAGGGAACUUUGGUGAGAGCAGAGGAGUAUCUCCAGGGAAAAAACACGAUGGCAGUGGACCAGGUGAAUGCUGUAGAAAGGGGGGUGCAGGUGACUCAGCUUUCAGAGCAACUGACUGCAAGAGGCCCUGGGCCACCCUCGGAGCAGGAAAUGGGUCUGGCUGGAGGGUGGACGGGACCUUGUUUAGGCCUGGAGAAUUCCAGGUGCGGUGCUGAUUCUCCUGCUACAUCACUGGUCUGGGGAAAUGCCACAGGAUCCAGCGCCCUGCAAGGAAACACCGAUGGGGCAGGAGUGAAAGAAGCGCAUUUGGAGAAAGACGACAAAAGACCACGGUGUUCUGCAGACCAAGGGCGAGCUCUGAAGUCCCCACGCAGUGGCCCCCGGCUCCAGGACCCUGAAGCUGAGGCUUCCAAGGAGGACCUCAGGCUGUGCAUCAGACAACUUCAUCACCAAGUGCUGACCCUGCAGUGCCAGCUCCGAGACCAAGGGUCUGCACACCAGGAGCUGCAGGCUUCUCGGGAUGAGGCUGCCCGUCUCCAGUGUGAGCUCAAGGACAAGCUUGAUGCACUUCAGAAAAAGCACCAUGAAGCAAAUUUGGCUGUGACUCCUUUGAAGGCUAAGCUGGCUUCCCUGGUCCAGAAGUGUCGGGAGAGGAACCACCUGAUCACACACCUGCUCCAGGAGCUGCACAGACACGGGGUGGAGAAACACCAGCUCUCCGAGACAGCAAGCAACAUGGUGAAUGACGCGGCGCUGGCUGAGUACGCAGCCACCUUCCUGGCUCCGGAGGUCCCACAGACAAGCCAUCACCUGGACAUCGAGUCUGAGAAGACAACAGUUGUAAGAGCUCAGAAAUACCUCCUGAAUCCUGAAAUGGACCGUGUCCUCCAAAGACCUUUGCAUUCAGAGUCCUGGCCUAUUCCAGAGGCUGAGUGGCCAGCACAGACAGCUCAACUGGAUUCUUUGAAGCUUCCCUGGCCCUUGGGGCCGACGCCCGACCCUGGAAUGUGCCAGGCUUCCAUCGCUGUGGAACCAGGGCUCCCUGUACAACGUCUGCAAGGAAAAGGUGGAAUGUCCUGGCCUGGCCUCCAAGCUGAGCACCUCCUGCCAUCCCCCGAGCUCCUGAGCCCCGCAAGGAUCCUGGCUUUGCACCAAGAGCUUCGACAAAGCAUCCGCAGCACUUCCCAGGUCAAUAAAUCACCGUUGGAGUUAUAA